GGGAUGUCAAAUCGUUUCAGGCGGGAAUCUGCGUCAACAAAGGAGCAGAAUGUGGUGAAAUUGUGUGUUCCGUAUUCAAUGUGUACAUGUAGGAUAAAAUGAGCAGUAAAACGACUAUAAAUAUUAAGAAUAAGUUCGAUCGAGUGGUGGUGUUGGUCGAUAUGGAUUGUUUCUACUGUCAGGUGGAGGAAAAAUUGAACCCCGCUAUCGCAGGCAAACCAAUAGCAGUGGUACAGUACAAUCCCUGGCAGGGUGGAGGCAUCAUCGCCGUAAACUAUCCCGCUCGAGCGGAAGGUGUAACGCGCCAUAUGCGCGGUGACGAAGCGAAGCAACACUGUCCGGAAAUUGAACUGCCGCAAGUUCCGCAGGUUCGAGGCAAAGCCGACCUGACACGGUACCGCGAAGCGGGCAAGGAAGUGGCAGAUGUGUUGAAAAGUUUUACACCGCUGCUGGAACGGGCCAGCAUCGACGAGGCGUAUCUCGAUAUAACCGAGCGCGUGCUGAGCAGGAUACGCGAGAUGAAUGAAGGAAAGUUUCAGCUGCUGCCCGAAAAGCUGGCCAACACGUUCGCAGUCGGGUACGAAAAUAUUGGCGAAUUUGUGAAAAAGCUUUCCAGCACAUUCGACACCGGUGCGGCCGAAGGUAACACCCCGGACCGGUUGGAGUACAAGAAGAGCGAUAUCAAGCUGCUGGUCGGUGCCUCGAUUGUGAACGAAAUACGGGCCGCGGUAAAGGCGAGAACGGGCUACGAAUGUUCGGCCGGUAUUGCGCACAACAAAAUUCUCGCCAAGCUGACGGCCGGCUUCCACAAACCGAACAAACAGACCAUCCUGCCGAUCGAUAGCAUUGCGAAGCUGUACGAAACGUUACCACUGAAAAAGGUGAAGGGGCUCGGCGGCAAGCUGGGCGAUCAGGUGUGCGAGGUGUUGAAGAUAAAGUUUAUGUCGGAGCUGGUACAGUUUCCGGAAAGUUUGCUGCAGCAGCACUUUGACGAGCGGAUGGGCAGCUGGAUGUAUCUGAUGGCACGCGGCAUCGAUCUCGAAGCGGUAACGGCAAAGUUCCACUCGAAGAGUAUCGGGUGCUGUAAACGCUUCCCGGGAAAGAAUGCAAUCACCGGGCUGGCAACGCUCAACCACUGGCUGAACGAGCUCGCGUCGGAAGUGACGGAACGGUUGGAAAAGGAUCUGGACGAAAACAAUCGUACGGCGAAGCUGCUUACGGUAAGCUACAGCCAGCAGAUCGAUAAUGUGGACGUGUCGAGCACGAGAAGCAUCCCGUUGGUGGCGUACGACAUGGAGCGCAUUGCGACCGAUGCGCUGGAAACGAUCAAACGCAAUACGGAGCGAUUUUUUAAGCCCAACUCAACCACGGCACUGCACAAUCCGGUAAAGUUUUUGGGCAUUAGUGCGGGAAAGUUUGAACCGAAUGCCAGCGGGAAAGGAGGCGGUAUAAGGCAAAUGUUUCAGAACUACUCGUCGAACAAGGCAAGUAGCACUGCAGAGGAAGGCUCGAGCGGUAUGGAGCGUCGCAAAAGUGUUUCGGAACCGCCACCGCCGGUUGAUGUACCGAAAGCCGAAGCAACGGUAGAACAGCCGAUGGAGAAAGCAAAAGCAGAUGACCUAGCGGCCGUGUGUAGCAAACCGUCCCGAGGUGAUAUUAAACAUUUUCUACAACAUCAGUCGGCUUUAGCUGCUGCUUCGGCCAAUGAACGAAGCGAGAGAGAGCCUGAGAACAGCAGUUCAGCCAGUGAAGAGCCUAAAGAAACCGAAACGAAGCCGAAGAAAGGUAUAAAGCAAUUUCUACAACCGAAAAAAGCCAUCUCCGCCAAAGAAUCCGCUCCUGUGAGCGUGCCAACAGAAGCGCAAAGCGAGACGGAGGAUCAAUCGACACGAGAACAGGAUGAGGUUCAGACGGAAGUGUCUGAACCAGAUCAUGAAACUGAACCAUCUGAACAUACAGUUGAAGAGUUGGAUAAGCCAGAAGAUACUCCAUCUACCUCCGGAUUGGCUGUGGAGCACACGAGCGAAACAACCGAGGCGAAACCAGAUUACAAGGCAACGUACGCGGAAUAUUUGUACCAAGUUCCGGAACCAGCGAACACGUUUACCCUGGAAUGCUCCCAGUGCAAGAAACAGAUCCCGGAACACGAGUAUCAAUCUCAUCAGGAUUUCCACUUUGCUCUCUCGCUAAGCCAACAGCAGCGGGAUGAAUUCCGCAACGAUUUAAAAUCCAAAAUAACGGCCAAAUCUCCAUUUCCUGCCGCUAAACGACCAUCGAAAGCAGGAAGCUCUUCGAUGUCUGGUACAAGUUCGGCCGGUGCCAGUACCACCACCACCACCACCUCAUCAGGAACGAAUCUAUCGAUCGAAAGGUUUUUAGCAAAAGUUUCACCGGAAUCGAUACGUCUCAGUAGUUCCGAGAUGGCCGUUAGGAGCAGUAAUGAAGAGAACCUCUCAGAAAGCUACGCAACCAGAUGUCCCGACUGUGGUAAGAUGAUACCGGCGGACUCUAUGGCCGAGCACAACGAUUACCAUGUAGCGAAACGGUUGCAGCAGGAACUGAACCGUCUCGAACCCCCACCUUCCCAGCCACCGAUCGUAAAUAAGCCCGUGGUGGCCACCCUGGUCGGUGGAAGUAGUGCCAGCACGAAACGAAAACGUUCGACCAUGGCGGGCGAAGAGCUGUCAUCACCGGUUAAGCAAAAGCUAAAACCCGUCUCGUCUUACUUCACCAAACUGUAACAAAUAAGAAAGAAAAAACUCCGUUUUAACGGGUUAAUUUCA